GUUUUUCGAUUUUAAAAACAAAAAUAAUGGAAGAAAGUGUUUUUGUAAAACAUGAGGGAAAUAAACUAAUUUAAUAUUGUUGUGAAAUUUUAAUUAAAAAAAACAUUGAAAUUUUGUACUAAUUUAAGAGGCAGCCAACAGAGGUGGCGAUGCUCUCUUUCUCCUCUUUUAAAAGCUCAUCAUUGGGCAAUCUCCUCAGUGCUGUUUGGUGUUUGUUUACCCGGUGGAGCAUUUCGUCGAACAGGUGAGCGGCAUGGAGCUGUGCGCGGAGGAGAAGUGGAGGGUCUCGAAGAAGGAGUGUCGGAGCGGGAGCAGAGGUGUUGGGGCGGGUGAAGGAGCGUACCUGAAACCGAAGGAGGAGGCGGCGGCGGCGGCGGUGGCGAGGAAGCAGGCGCCGGCGACGACGCCGAGGUCGUUCUCCAGCCGCUGCGCGGGGCUGGUGAAGGAGCAGCGCGCGAGGUUCUACAUCAUGCGCCGGUGCGUCACAAUGCUCAUCUGCUGGCGGGACUACUCUUGAUCGAUCGAUCGAUCGAUGGCCCGUAGGAGCGAGGCGAUAGGGUACAUGGGUGGUAUAUUAGAUCUGUUCUUUUUUUUUCUGUGUAUACCUUCGUUUUUGCCCCCUUUUUCUUCCCGCUUUAGGAACGCUGCGAUCUGUUGAGCUCAAAUGGGGCAACGAACGGAAAGAGAAAGCGACUUUGUUCCCGAAAAAAAGGCACCUUUUUUCUUC